AUGGUCCUUCAACGUCGUGAUCUAAUACUAGCAGGCGUCGGCGGAUUCAUCGCCUGGGGUCUGUUGGUACGCUGGUUGCCGAUCCUUCGAUAUCUCGGAUAUGCGUUGGCGUCGGGGGCUGUUUUGGCUUCGGCUGGUUUCCUCGGCCUGAUUGUUUUGACAACCCGACCUCGAAAUGACAAGACCAAGAGCUCGAAGGAGGUCUCGGUCGCCUUCAUCAACCCAAAUCACUGGCGGAAAGAAGUGUUGAAUGCUCGAAAAGUCGCUCGAUACCGGCCCAGACCGCUAUACCCACAAUCUUUUGUCGUUUCAGAGGGGAUCGAUGAACUCUUGUCUCUUGUGAAUCGCCAAUUCGUCACCUCGUGGUAUCACAAUAUCACUCCGAAUCCUACAUUUGCCAAUGAAAUCGAUCGAGUAACGCGCGUGGCCCUGGACAACCUUCGAGAUACACUGCUGGCAGAAGACCUGAUUUCACUGAUUGUGUCGCGUAUCUUUCCGGUUUUGACGGCCCAUUUACGGGAGUUUGAUGUUGCGGAGCGCUCAGUGCGUGGGAAAAACCUCAAUCGAAAUGUGACGGAGUCUGAGGAGCUCGAUCUGGCUAUUGCCAACAAGUUCCGUGAGGGUCGGCUGCACCCUGCGGUGGGACUUUCAGCCUCUGACCAGAAGGUGGUUCAGCAGGAGUACCUACGAAAGAUUGCAACGGGACUACUUCCACAGCUGUUUCCCGAGAGUGUGCUCAAGAGCAGAAUCGUGUCAGUGUUGCUCCGAGAGAUCAUAGCAUGUGCAGUUUUACUACCAAUCGUGAACGCACUCUCAGACCCCGAUACAUGGAAUCAGUUGACGGAAGCGUAUGGGCGGACGGCUCUGCAGGAUCGGAAAACCGUGCGCAAAUUGCGAGCUGCUCUAGACGAGCAUGCUUCCCCUGCGCCAAAGCAUAAACGUACACAAUCGUUCCCGAAACUGUCGCCUCAAGAUAGUGAACGUGCUUUUGAGCGGUUCGUUCGAACCAUCAGACGCUGCAAUAAUCUCUCUGAUGCUCGCCGGUUUCGCGCCCUGGUUUCCAGCCAGUUGAAGCGGGAGAGCAUGGUCGAAGGACAAGACCAGGUUUAUCUCAGGCGGCUGGAAACGGGGAAACGGGUCUUGGAUCAAAAAGUUGCCAAGCUUUCCUUGCCUGGAGAAGCUGCUUCGUCGACACCUGCGCCAGUACAACCUCGCCGUGACAGCGUCCCUGCUCCUCAGGAAACAUCGCUCGUGGAGGUCAUGCACAGUGCGUCCGGUCUAUCGUACUUCAUGGAGUUCAUGGACCGUCAAGGUCUUAUGUCUCUCGUGCAAUACUGGAUUGUGGUAGAUGGUUUCCGAAACCCACUGGAGGAUGACUUUGGUGACGAGACAACCUCUGGUACGGUGACAUGGACCGCUGCAGACAGGAAUGAUCUGGCGCUUCUGAGCGAGACCUAUCUCACCAAAGCCGAGCUGAAAGUUUCUCAAGACUCCCGCCGAACGGUCAAGAAUUUCUUGAGUGCCGGGAAGCGUGCAACCCCUGAGCAGUACCGCAAAGCUCGAACAGUCGUCUUUACCACGCAGUCGGCUGUGUUGGAGGAGCUAGAGAGCACUUACUAUCCAAAGUUCAAAGAGUCAGAUCUUUACUGGAAGUAUCUUGCAUCAGACGAGGCUUCAGGUGGCCAGCUACCUGCUCCUCGACAGACUCCACCAACGAUCACCUUUGAGGCCCCGGAGAGACGACCCCUGCCGCCGCUCAUUGUGCGAACCAGCUCACAGCCUGGUACCAAGCCGCCGAGGGAUCUCAGGCGAGCUGCAGUAUCAUCAAGUGAUGUGCGCAGCAUGGGCAAACUAUUUGACGAUGAAGACUCCCCGAGACGAUCUAUUGACUCUGAACGAUCUGCACCUUUAUUUGACGACGAUUACGACACUGAUAACCUUGCCAUGUCCACAGCCAGUCUGGGUAAGGACUCACAUAAUGGCGAGAACGAUGCCACUCAGAGCAAGGUCCUGGAGACCAUGGGAGCAGCUCUAAAUGAUAUAAUCACCAAUGAGCCGAAGAACGGCAAGGUGGAUGAUUUACGGAAUAGUGACCUGAGAAGCAGCGACGGUGCCUCCUCGUCGUCUCUGUUUGGUUCAGAGCGUCCUGAAAUGGCAUUGCACGCUUCAUCCGAUGGCUCGCGCUUAGAUAGCCAUCUUCCACUGGACAGGACCAAGAAAAGUAUCGCCUCGUUGGGCCUGGUAGAUCACGGUUCCCGCCUUGGUGUCUUUGAAGAUGAUCUCUUUCCAGAUCAACAAAAGUUCAUCGAGGACGAGUACGAGGAACCUGUUGGCACGGAUGAGAAGGACCCGGCAGAUGAGGUCCAUGAAGCUGCGCCCGGAGAUCUUGGUCUGACAGAAGCGAUCGAAGUUCUCACUGUCGAUAUCGACAAGCUCACUGCGCAAGACUCGGUGGUCGAGGCACUUACCCGCAAGGCCGAGCUGACCAAUAAUACCGCUGAGCUGCGAAUCCUGCGCAAGUCGAAGGCCAGCAUUCAGCGUGAGAUCCAUCGCAAAGAGAUGCAACGCCAGCAGUACAUUAUCCAAGAGAGCGAUAACAGUUUGUACGGUCGCUCCACGGUGCGAAUCAAGUCUAUCGUGGUGGGCAAGGAGGAGGAUGACGGGCGCGAGUUCGCAAUGUAUGUCAUUGAAGUUCAACGCAAUGCUGGCGAACAAAUGCCUGCCGCUUCCUGGGCCGUUGCACGCCGAUACAGCGAAUUCCACGAGCUCCACCAGAAGCUACGAAUGAGCUAUCCCUCCGUCCGACACCUUGAAUUCCCACGCCGGCGCAUGGUCAUGAAGCUGCAAAAAGAGUUCCUCCAAAAGCGCCGUCUCGCCUUAGAAUCAUACCUACAAAAACUCCUCCUACUCCCCGAAGUCUGCCGCAGCCGCGAUCUACGAGCAUUCCUCUCCCAGCGCGCCAUCCUCCCCCGCGAAGAAGUCAACGCCCGCGGCACAGAAGGCGAAACCAAAGACCUCGUCACACGCAUCUACAAUUCCGUUGCCGACGGCAUGGACGAUUUCCUAGGCAAUUUCGGCGUCCUCGAUCAACUUUCCACAGCAGGACAAAACCUCAUCUCCGCCGCAACCGCACAAGCAAAUACCAGCACUGUGAACGAUCCCGCCCUCGCCACCGAAGACGCAGUUACAACCGCCGAAGCCGAAGCAGAACUCAACGCCUUCGAAGACCGCGAACUAGAACCCUUCAUCAAACCAAUCUGCGACCUGUUCCUCGAAGCCUUCGAGCUCAACCGCGGAAAUAACUGGCUUCGCGGCCGCGCCGUCGUCGUCGUCCUCCACCAACUCCUCGGCGGGACAAUCGAGCGUAAAGUCCGCGAUAGCGCGCGUUCUUUGUUCCAGGAUGACUCGCUGCUGCGAUAUCUCACCCUCGCUCGGGAUAAUCUCUUCCCCGACGGCGUCUUGCGGAAAUUCGAGUCCCGAUCUAUGCAGGAGAGACUUAAGAGUCGUGCGGAGGCGACUGUUGUCCUUGCGACGCUUCUCCCGGAUUUGGCGGGGAAUGUGGUUGGGAGGGCGAAUGCGCAGGCUGCGGCGAGACGGAUUUUUGCGACGCUUAAUAAUCGGCCGUUGAAUACGCAUCUGGCGUUUACCGUGUUGGAUGAGAUUGUGUUGGUUUUGUUUGGUGGUGGUGGUAGUCGGGAGAGUGGUCGCUCUCGAUGA